AUGGUAUUAGGUUUAACCGACAAGCAAACGAUCCAAAUCGCCACAGCUCAUAUCUACCCGAAACAUCAACCUAAUGGUUUAAAAAGCUUUGGUUUGAAUCCAUCGGAUAUUGGCAAUCCCAGAAAUAGCUUACGACUGGUCAAGGAAAUUGAACUGGCUUUCGACAGACGAGAUUUAACUAUCAUUGAAAAACGUGGUCAGUUACGAAUUUUUUUUAUAAACAAGAAAAUUAUGUCACGAGCCAUCUCAUCAGCAUGUGGUCGUACAUUUGUUCCGGGCCGGAUUCUUCGACCUGGGCAGCAAGAAUUUGGAUUGAAUGACGAAGCCGUAAAUAAUUGUCGAUUAUAUGUCAACAGUUUGUUAGAUAUUUUAUUGGAUGCAUAUAAUCGUGAAAAGAUAAAAAACUGGUUAGAAAUUAAUCCAGUCGCACCUGAAACACCAUCCGUACGUUCACUGACAGCAACCCAAUUUAUCUAUACAUUCGUUAAACACUAUGGUGAAAGUUCGACACAUGGAAACAACAGUGAUCGCCUCCAAGUAGCUGUUGAAGAUUUAUCAAGUGUUAUUCUUCUCAAUCGAACAAUACUCGUCGGUGAAUUGAUAACGCAUGUUUUACAAUUGAAACCACAAAUAGCGGUUAUUGUGGGACAUUUAUUAGAUUUAGCUCGGAAAGAGCAGAUCUUAAGCAUUGAUCAUAUUGCUGAUGGAAUAUCAUCCCUAUUUGAAAUACUCGAUCGUUUUUCGGGGCCUGUUUGGCAGCAUAUGGGCGAACUACUUGGCAUGUUCAUUGUCAUCGACGAAGCACCUUUAGCAACAAACAUCCUGAUACUAAAGAAGCUUAUGAAGAAAGUAUCUCCGGAAGAUUCCAAAGAAAUAAUAGGCUGCAUCAUUAGAAGUGCUCGAAAUGUUUCAUCAAAAUCAAAAGUUAUUUGUUUAUGGAAAUCUUCUGGCUUAACAUUCGACGACUUUUAUGAUUGGUUAUUGAAUCCAACAACAUCCGAAGACAAUGAAACAGUCCAAUCCUUAGCAUCGGCUACACAACUUCUUGCUGUAUCACACUCAUCAACAUUUUCCUUCGCAACAAACUCAGCUUCCGCAGAUGUUAAUUUGAUUAAUUUAUUUCGUACGAUUACUGAACAACAUGUGGAUUCGACUGCACAGACGAAAGACAUUCAUCGAUAUAUUCAAGAAAAAAUGAAUCCAUCGGAUAAAUAUUACAUUCACAACAUUGUAUUAUCAUAUUUGGAGUCGUGCAUCGCUGUUCAUGAGUCAAAUAAUCCAAUAAUAGACCAAUCAGCUGCACAACAAAGAGCCCAUAUUUUAAAAUCUGUUAUUGAUCACGAUAAAGAAAAAGAAGUUCAAGCUAUUAAUGGUAUACAAACGUUUGUUAUCAAAUUAAAGCACCCACCAAAAAUGGCUCGUUCAUUAUUUGAUUUGUUCUAUGACGAAGAUUGCGUAAGCGAUAGGGCGUUUUUGGAAUGGUUUCAAAAUGUGAAUGGAGAAGAAUCAAAUGAUUACAAUCAGAUAUGCCAAUCGGUAAAGGAAUUUUUUGAUUGGUUAAUGCUUGUCGAAGAUGACACCGGUGAAGAAGAUGACGAUGAACACAAUUUCCACAGACGAUCAGAAUGA